AUGUGCCUCGCAGAACACAUAUACUACAUCAACUGCGGCUGCUGGGAGGGCCGGCACAUCCGCUGGCAGUGUCCCCGUGGCAGCUUCCGCGGCGCGGGCGCCUGCCCGGACGUCGAGUGCUCCGGCGUGUUCCGCAAAUGGGGCCGUUGCCUCGUCUGCCAGCGGCGCCAGGCCCAGGAGCGGCGACAGCAGCAGCAUGUCCUCGUCACCGGUACCGACAACGACAGCCAUACCGCGGUGGCCCUCCUGCGUGAGCUGCUACUGUCUGCCUCCGCGCAGGGCCCCAGACCGACCAGUGGCACCGAGUGGCAUCGUUGA